AUGUCGCUGCUAGGCUACGGUAGUGCUCAUGACUAUCAGCGACAGCAGUCGUCGUCUCCUAUGAUGCACCGGAUACCUAUUCCAAACCCGGGCGCGAAUAACGGUGCACCGUUUAAAGCCCCCGCACACAAACACGCCCACCAUUUGCAUUCCAUCCCACCGAGGGAGAAGUCUACGAGGACGCUAAUCAUUGACCAUCUCCUCUGGGUUCAUGGGCGCACACGCUUCGCGCAGGCUCGGGCAGAGCUCGGCAUGACUGACCGCACAGGCGGCCCGUCCACGUCUAACUAUGCACACAGGGAGCGGCCCGAAAACUACGAAGAGGAGGAGGAAGUCUAUAGCGACGGAGAAGAUGUGAAUGUACUCAAAGCGAGAGCAGGUGGGCCCGGUCAUCCCCACGGCGACGAAGAGGAGGAGCGGUUCGAGAGGCAAGACUUGCAAUUGGCAAGGAGUCUGAGACUGCGAGCCGAAAGCGUAGAGAAGGUGGCGACAUCGAUACUCGACCAGCCACCACAGGUUCCACCUCUUCACCCGGAUGACAUGCUCGAAACCCCUACGUCUCCGCAGUUACGUCCUCAGGCCGCCCCUCUUCACCAGCAUACCCUCCCUAACGGCGUGCGCCUCCGACUAGCACUCGCGACUGUCGUCAACGAUCUUUUCUCCCGACGCGCUCCUAUUCCUCUCGGCCGUCACCCCUCCGCACAGAUGUCUGCUCCACCCGUUCUACCUUCGGCACUCGUUCCGCUCGCGGCCAUAUCCUCGGCCUCGGCCAACCACCGCUCCCCAUCCUCUACGACGCGCAGACCUCACCCAAGUGACUACAUUCGCUCACUGUACAACGUAGGUGCCGAGGAGGACAACCAGAACUCGCCUCCGUCACUGCGCUGUCCGCGGCAUCUGCACAUGGGUUGCGAAAUAUGUGUCGAGUCCAAAUCGCAGACGUCCAGCCGCGGCGGGGGAUCUUCUCGCGGACGCAGCGUACCGGGGCGCACGGUAUCGAGCACGGGCAGUAGCCCAGAUGACAUGGGCAACCAGUCCAGCGGUGCACUCGUCGGGGGCGUCACGGGUUGGCAAGACGGGAGCGGGAUCGGCUCUGGGCUGGCGCGACCUGGUCCUCGAGGGACGGUGUUACGCCGGCCAUCUGGCGCGGCGUCUGCGGCAAGCGACGCAAAUGCCAUGAGCAAUACGAAGCUUGCUGAGCUCAUCGUGCGCUUCAUGCGGCUGAGUGCACUCGUCGCCAUGGAGCUAGGGAGAGAGGCUACAGAAGAUCGCAUUUCCUUGGAUGGCGGAGAGAGUCGGGGUGAGGACGGCGCGUCAGCACCACAGGCACAGGCAGCCAGCUCGUCCGCUCCCCGUGGUCUCAUGUCUCCUCGCCCCCUCGGGCAGCGCCAGUUGGCUGCAGAAGCGGGGAUGUUCUACCAUGCUCUGCGCCCGUCGCGGGAAUGGUACUUUCUAUUGGCAGGCCUCCUUACACGGGCUGUUUUCGAGGGGUACAUGUCCGCUGGGUGGAGAGGCACCGAGCCGCUGGAAGUCCUCCUCGGCGUCGGUCUCGGUAUGGUGCCACUUAAGUCGCACCCUCCCCAGGCGACGAAUGGAAAUCAGGGAGGGGCAAUGAGUCGUGAGAAUGGUAACGAGCAGAAUGUCGAUAAAGAACGAGAGGAGGAUAACGAUUUCACUGCAUUUGACCCUGACGACCUCCCAGACCUGGAAGAUACUGCCCGCGUGCUGUUCCCGUCGCUCAGAGACGUCGGUGUCGGUCCAGGCGGUGCUCCUUAUUAUCGGAGGGAAGGUGGAGAGCUCGAGUAUGAGAUGGAGAUGAAGGAUAGGUUGUCACGGUUCUAUGAUGUACCAGGCUCCACCCCUGACCUGGCGACGCACAUGGAGGAUCUUGCAUGGCAGUUUCCCGGUGAGGUUGUCGAGCGCGCAGCGGUCCGAUUCUGUGAGGCUGUGGCGCGAUGGAGAGGAAAACCCGAGCUAGAGACUUACAAGAAAGCGCCGUGGGUCGCCGGCCAAAGGGAGCAUAGGACAAGCGGGGGGACUGCGAUGUCGAUAGAUGCCCUUGUGCAUUCUAACCCAACUAGUCCCUCAAAUACGGCUGAUCAUGCGAGUGUCCAGUCACCGUAUCGCCCGGAGCCACCCAGAAACCGUAGGCCGCCGAUCGAGAGGUACUUCACUGUGCCGCAGUUAUUACUCAUGCAAGGACGGAAGAGGCGGCGCUCGGACACAGAUCGUGGUGAGGAGGGCCGGAGAGGUUUCAGUUGA